CACGGCUUCCGUGGCUUCUUAACGCAUUCGUUUAAUAAUUUAUCCAUAAAUCUCAAUUUGAACCUUAUCAAUUUCGGCCUAGCGAUUUGGCAGUCGUUUACAUUUUAAAAAUAACUAGUCUUAUGACGAGAUUUAGGUGAAAAACGUGUUAAAAAUAAGUAAUCUUUGACCCGUAAAAGUUCGAUAAUAUAAUACAAAGUGUAACAAAAUAUGCUGCUUUAACGUAAUAGCGCUCAGUGUAGUGAAUAGUGGUGUAAUAGUGGAUAAAUAGUGUAUAAAUAGUGAGUAGUGGGAAAAUAGUGUAAAGUGACGGGCUGUAUUGUGUUCUAAUGGCGGGGAUUGGGUGGAAAAUGUAAAAUCUGUAGCGUGCAAUGAACAAACGAUUCAGUGGAAAGUGAACAAAAAAUAAGAUGACAAAAUCGAGGCGCGGCAUCAAAUCCCCGAAGAUGCACUGGCCCUUGUCAAAACAAACGUAUUUGUGGACGUUAAGAUAUGCCAGUGUUUUCUGACAGGAACUCAAUACAUAAACUAUUAAUAAAAGACUAAAAAGUGAACCAAUCAUCGUCUACAAUUUGAAAUUCGCAUAAGUUAAAAACGCCAUCUGUGAUUACGUUUCGACACCGCGAAUUAGCUCCAUCUAGUGGCAUCUGAAGACAUCGACGCCAAGAAUUAAACAUAGCGCCAUCUACUGGCACGUUUUUGCAAGCAUUUCUAUGUUGAAAGUACCAUCUGUAUUCUGCUGAAGAAGAAAGUAAAGAAGCUACUUUUGUCUGUUCAAGUAUGCGAUGAUCUCAAAGCAGUCAAGAUCUCAUUGGGUAAUAUAAAAAGACAGAAGACAAAUCUCUCCGAAUUUUACUGUCUACUAAUAUAAUACUGAAGCUACUACAGACAUAAUUACCUUCAACUGCUGCCAUCUACCGGUCGAGUUGCAAAUUAACUCGCUGAGCUACUACUGCCAUCUAUUGAGCAUUUAAAAAACCAAGAUGGUGGAAGACACGAGCAAUUCGCAAGCGGAGCGCGUGUCGGCCGCAGCGGUGCUACAAUUCGCGGCUCAUGAGGCGAGACAAGGACGGAGGUUCGCGGAGUUCGGCGCGCAUGCGUACGCAAGCAUCACUUACAACGCUUACGCGGCUCUGGGAGACAUGGGCGGCAGCGGCACCAGCUCAUCAUCGUCCCACAUGUCGCCGGGCUGGCAGGUCAACGACCUCGACCUGGAUUUACCUGGCGAGCUAUCCAUGAAUGAGGCGCUGCUAUCGUUGCCGUCCCUGGCGGUGUUCAAACAGGAGGCGCCGUCACCCACAGGCGCCGUGCUGUCUCCGCCACGCCGGUACACGCGCCGCCCCGAUGAUAGACAGAUCACCAGCAUGGUGGUGGACGGUCGUGACGGUAUGGACGACGGCUGCCAGUCCUCGCCGCAUGCUAACAUCAUGGCUCAGCAUGGCAACCCAGAGAGUAUGCAGUGCCAGCCGAGCCUGCCGCCCGGCGCGUUGGUGCCCGUCUCAGGGUACCAUUCUCCGGGAAACCACGAGACCAAGAAUGCCGGGCUGCUGAUGUGCUCUCCAGUCAGCUCCCUGGAUGGGUUCCUGCACUCGCCGGUGCCUCAACGCAUCGAACCUAGCUUCAAGGAUGACACCAGGUUCCAAUACGUGCUAGCGGCAGCGACAUCUAUCGCGACCAAACAGAACGAAGAGACCCUCACGUAUCUGAACCAGGGACAGCCGUACGAGAUCAAACUGAAGAAGCUGGGGGACCUGUCACACUACAAGGGCAAAAUACUCAAGAGCGUGAUCAAGAUUUGCUUCCACGAGCGUCGCUUGCAGUACAUGGAGCGUGAGCAGAUUGCGCAGUGGCACGCCGAGCGGCCCAGCGAGCGGAUACUAGAGGUGGAUGUGCCGCUGUCCUACGGGGUGAUCCGCGUCGAGCAGCCAUCUUGCCUCAACGCUCUGCACGUGUUCUGGGACCCCACCAAGGACGUCGGCGUGUACAUCAAGGUUAACUGCAUCUCGACGGAGUUCACAGCGAAGAAGCAUGGCGGCGAGAAAGGGGUCCCCUUCCGCAUCCAGGUGGAGACAUACCUCGCCAGCGACGACCACAACCGACUGCACGCCGCCGCCUGCCAGAUCAAGGUGUUCAAGCUAAAAGGCGCAGACAGGAAGCACAAGCAAGACAGAGAGAAGGUGAUGAGGCGGCCUCGCUCGGACUUGGAGAAAUACCAGCCGGGGUGCGAGGCGACCGUACUCACCACGCUAUCUAACGAUGCGCUGCUGCCGCCACCAUCGCUGGUAACCACCUCACCACCAUACUCGCCAGACCUGUGCUGGAACUGGGACCAAUCGGCUACGAUGUGGCAAGGGUCCGCAGAUGUCGAAGAGAAAAAUAAUUUGGCGCCAAAGUCGGUUGGAAGCCCCAGCGCUGUUAAUAAACCUGUUUUGAAUCAACCUGCCUUACUCGCCUCCUCGAGCCAGAUGAAGCCGUAUUACUGCACUGAUGGUGGUGAGAUGAAGGUGACGACUCCGCCGUGCCACUCCCCCGGUGCCAUCCUGCCCGACCUGCCGCAGGCAGCCGAGGACCCUGACCAGCACUGCGGCCUGUCGAAGGACGCGUCUGCAGCGGACACGCAGCAGUGGCUCAGCAGGAACCGGUUCGCGCAGCAUGCGGUCACCUUCACCAACUUCUGUGGCGCUGACUUGCUCAGGCUGUCUCGCGAUGACAUCAUCCAGAUUUGUGGACUCGCCGACGGCAUCCGCCUAUUCAACGCACUGCACGCUAAACGCAUCGCGCCGCGCCUCACGCUGUACGUGUGCGCACACGCAGGCGGCGUGUACAGCGCGCUGUACCUGCACGCCUGCCGGGCGGCGGAGCUGGCGCACAAGCUGCGGGCGCUGCUGCCCGAGCCCGCCAAGGAGUGCGAGACGGUGCUGGUGUGCGGGCCGCACGGGUCCCGCGUGCGUCUGUCGGACGAGCUGGUGCGCCACCUGCCCGACCACGGCACCUUCCGCCUGCACAGCCUGGACCCGCACACGCUGCUACUGGCGCCCACCGCGCCCACGCCGCCCGCCGCGCCCGCCCACAACGGGAUGUCGGUAGAAGCGCUGGUUCCAACUUGCAGCAAUGAGUCCAACUUGCACCAAUGAGUCCAACUUGCACCAAUAAGUCCAACUUGCACCAAUGAGUUAUUAUCUCAAGUGCAGUUUAUUUCGGUUACACCACCUAUCACGUUGUGCUAACAGAAAGCUCGGUGAGGUGUGGUUAUAUUAUGUUUCCUCUUUAGUAAUACUCAAAUGUUAGAAUUAGAAUGUAUCUCGAAGUAUGUGCAUAACUUUGAUGAGGGUAGAAGCGAAAGUGGUGUUUCAGGAUCACCGUAAGUGGAAUUCCGUGGUGUCCACCCCGACGGGAAAUAGGCGUGAUGUAGUGUAUAUGUAUGUUAAUCUUAGUACCUAUGCUCUCGGAUUUGACAUAAACAGCCUAUAUACGUCCCACUGCUGGGCACAGACCUCCACGCCGCUACACAAGUGGGUGGGUAACUUUAAAAAAAGGAGUCAAUUUGGAAAAACUCGCCUCUUAAAUUGAUCCCGGGACCUCUUAGUCAGUGGCCUGUGUAGCCACUACUCAGUCGUGCAUAAAGGUAAUUAUUAGUAGUUAUGUUCAAAUGCUCGCCGGAGCUCGGUGGCGCAGCGGUAAACGCGCUCGGUAUGCGAUUGUUGAAGUUAAGCAACUUUCGCAAAGGCCGGUCAUAGGAUGGGUGACCACAAAAAAGAAACAAAAAAGUUUUUAUCUCGAGCUUCUCCGUGCUUCGGAAGGCACGUUAAGCCGUUGGUCUCGGCUGCAUUGGCAGUCGUUAAUAACCACCAAUCCGCACUGGGCCCGCGUGAUGGUUUAAGGCCCGAUCUCCCUAUCCAUCCAUAGGGAAGGCCCGUGUCUCAGCAGUGGGGACGUUAAUGGGCUGAUGAUGAUGAUGAUGAUGUUCAAACGCCAUGUUGAAUUAAGUUAGUACUAACUAUCGCCUCAUGAAACUAAUACAAAGAGUAGUUAUAAUUGUUUAAAUAAUAAUUAGAGUAUAAUUUUGAUUUGUAUUCCUUAUUUAAGCGUAUUUUGUUAAGCGUCGAUUUAGAACGACCAUUUUGUGUUUAAAUUUCAAAAAGAGAAAUCCGCCAUUUUGAAUACAGCAGGUGAACUGUCAAAAGCUUCGCAGUUCGCCCGCUAGGCGGUGUUUUACGCGUUAAUAUGGCGCCACUGUUGUACAUACUAAAAUAUAACUGCUGUGUUAAUUGUAAUCUUCAAUGUUGUCAAUGAACGCAGUUGAUUGUCGACCGUAACAGACGGCGAAACGGUUCACAGCAGUUGAAUGACCUAAUACUAGGUUUGAUAAAGUCGGUCAUUGACCUAACUUUGUUUGUAAAGGAAAAAAAGGUAUAUUUAAUAUUUAAUUUAACCCAUGGUAUAAGAAAACCGGGUAUACUCAAAAGUGACAGCUAACAUUUCAAGGUUAGCCCAGCUGACGUCAUCCGACCCUGCGUUGCCAUUUCGUAAAAAAUAAAUUACCCACGUCCAAUGUUUUUAAUUUACUUUGCAAGGAAAUUUUGAACUUUUAGUAAAAUAUUUUCUUACAGUUUUAAUGAUGUUUAUGUAUGUGACAAGUAAUAGUAAUUAAAUACAUUAGUCAGUAAUUGGAUAUUUGACUGGGUCAAAGAUAAAUCAUAAAAUGCUAAUAUAGAAAUAGAAGCCAAUCUAAGAUGAUCAAAAAUCAAUCUCAUUUUACUUUUCGACUUAUUCGAAUUAUGUAACAAUGAGUACGACGUUUGACCGCUUUUAUUGAUGACGUCACAGGACAGUAUUUCCAUACAAACUCCAAAGGAAACUUUCGUUUUGACGUUUCGUAAAAAGUAUCUCAUUUGACUAGGUUGUCAAGUAGCCUAUUCACUUAUUUUUCAAUAAUAAAAUUUACGUCCUUGGAAUGUUGGAGAUACCAAUUUAGUGGUAACACUUACGUCAUCAAAGGGCUAGCAAUUGGCUUUUCAUAGGAUUGAGCAUACCUGGUUUUCUUGUACCAUGAUUUAACCUGUGCAGCUAUUUAUUAGCUUUAAUGUUAAUUUUGAUUGUUGUAUCAAUAAUUGUUAUUUGUUUAUAGAACAUGUAACGCCCCAGGCGAUGAAUGUUAUUUUUUUUAUCAAGUUAUUGGUGCUAAUUCCUGUAAAUACCAUCUAAUUUUAUUUUAAGUUAUAUCUGUCAUUUUCUUAUCCGCCGAAAAGGAAAGGGACGGGUAAUCGACAAGCGUAAAAUUUAUGGAACACACGUCAAUUUUAAGCACAAAUCUAAAACAACCGUCUAAAAAUUUUACAUCAGUCAAUAACCCGACACAGUUGGUAGACAGCAUGUCAAACGGAUUGCAUACCAGUGACGUACCUUUUUGAUUCGCUCGGGUUAUUCAUUAAUUUACUCAUUCUUCCUAAAAUUAAGAGCUGUGAAUCAUCCGUCCCUUUCCUUUUCGACGGAUAUGAAACUGACGGAUAUAACUUAAAAUAAAAUUAGGCGGUGUCUGCAGGAAUCGGGGCCAUUGUCAAGAAACAGGAUGCGCCAGGAGUGUCCUAGCAUUCUUGUCCACUGUUGUGUCGACUCCACCUUGAGCGCAAUAAGGGCAUGAGGGUGAUGAGUUUAUUAUGUUCGUAAUAAAUAAAUCUUGUUUAUAAUCUUGUUGGUAAAAGUAAGAUGGUAUUUUGUGAAUAGAUUAUGGAUAGUAUAUAGUUAUUGUGCAAUGAUGAAAAGUUUGAAGGGAAUUGGCUAUUUGACAGUUGAACUGUUUAUGUGUACAAAAAUCUUUAAUAAACUGCCAGAAAGUAUCAGAGGCCUGCCUGUAAGAGUGUUUAGACGAUCUUUGUUUAAGCUACUGAGCGAGAAUCCUUUUUAUAGUGUCAGUGAAUUUCUUGAUCACAAAAUGUAAUAAUUAAUCUCUCUGUAUUUGCAUACCAAUAUUGUUUUGGUUAAAUGUGUGAAACUUUAAUUUAGUCAUAUAUAACAACCAAUGUACCACAUUUACCGCAAAUAAAUGAUUUGAUUUGAAAAUAUGAAAUAUGUCCGAAAUAGUAGUUUCUCAUUUAACGAUAAUCAUCCAAUAGUUUAACUUUAUUAAGAUCAUUUUUAAAAAUUUGAUUUUUACAAAAUAAGAACGCGGUUAUUUGGCGGCCAUGAUUGAGUUUGGUGACGUCACACAUACAUACAUAAACUCACGCCUAUUUCCCACCGGGGUAAGCAGAGACUAUAGAAUUCCAUUUGCUUCGAUCCUGACACACUUCUCUUGCUUCCUCCACAUUCAUCAUUCACUUCAUACACGCACGCCGGUUCAGAGUAGAUCGUAUUGAACCUUUACAAAAUAAACAAACUAUCUGUCAGGUUUCAAGUUAUACUGUUUGACAGUUUUUUUUUUCAUUGAAAUGUGACGUCACUGGGCGAAAUGUCACGUGACCAAACGUUUUCGCGCGAAAUUUUAAAAUGAAGAAUACGUUGAUUUCUAUUAUAUUAAGCUUUUUCGAAAAAUAAAACAAAAAAAAAUCGAAACAUUUCAUUUAUCACAUCACCAUCAUCCAACACCCCAUCAUCAACAUUCCACCAUUCCAUUUAAUUAUUAAUUUACAGGUUUUAUUUCAUUUUCUUUUCAUUUUAGAAAUAUUUUAAGAGGCAUAGAAUAAGCGUUUUACAAUACUUAUCUGAAAACUGUCAAAUAGCCAAUUGUCGUAAAAUUAAUUUCUAUCAAUUAUUUGUCUUAGUGUUGAACUCGUUAGUGGAGUCAAUGAAGGAGUUCACUUCUAACUUGCCAGGGACAGGUUCGAUUUUGAUGAUUUUUUCUUUUGUAUUGGGGUGAAUAUCAAAAUUUCAAGUUUGAUGGCGAAAUUUCAUAUUAUUUUUUCGUGAAAAAUUGGGUUCCGACGUGAAAAAGAUCCAAAAGGAUCCUCGGUUCCGACAUGAAAAAGGAAUUUUUCAAUUCCCAAUUUUUCACGAAAAAAUUAUAUGACAGUCGCCACCAAACGACACAUUUUGAUAUUCACCCAUUGGCAGUUUUUCAUAUCAUUGAAAAUUAGAAACAUCUUUGGCAAAUUAGAUGUUAAAAAAGUGAUCCUUCAAUGAUUCCGUUUUACCUUUAGUGGUUCGGAACCCUAAAAAAAGAUUAUUUAGCCGUGGUAGCCCAGUUGGUAGAACACUUGAUUCUCACUGUAAGGUCGCAGGUUCGAAUCCAGCACGGGCCUAAACCUAUGAUUUUCGAAAUCUUUUCGAAUUCAUGUUUGGAUCAUAAAUGAUUAUCACGUGCUCAGCGGUGAAGGAAAACGUCGUCAGAAAACCCACAUACCCGAGAAAUGCAUUUCGGAGAUAUGUGAACUGACCUGAAUUGGGCUGGUUUUUCCUUUGUGGGUUGGAAGGUCAGACAGGCAGUCGCUUCUGUGAAAAACUGGACCCUGUGAGAAACAGGAUAACGUUGAAGAUGAUGAGUUUAACGCAGGUGCCUUAAGAGUGCCUCACGCACGCCCCACGCGUUGCUGUACGGAGUAUUAAAAAAAAAUGUUAUAUUUUAUAUAAGAUUUUAUACCAUAUUAUUAUAUUGCAGGUAGUUACUGCAUGCCGUAGCUAGAUGGUAGUUAAGGUAAAUGUAUGGAUUGUAUUUGUAAAUAAAUAUAUAUGUUAGUUAAA